CAUUUGUGUCACCCUUUGCAGCUAAUUGCAUUUGCUUUCAAUUUUCAUUCGUUUAUGAACGCAGAAAAAUUAAUUCCGUUAAUUUUGGCACAAAAAAAUCGAACAAAACAACAAAAAAUUAGCAAAUAGGGAAAAAAUAGUAUAAUUAUAAAAUCCUUUUAGCGAAAAAACGGUAAAUACAUAAUUAAAAAGCGCCCAUGUGCAUAUUUGUCAGAAAACGAAAGUUAACACAAAAGAGAGUAAAGUGGGUGUAGAGUGAGUUGUAAUUAAGGAUCAAGAAACGUAAAAACGAAGUUGUUAUAUGAUGGCAACGAAUGCAGAAAGUGACCACAAUCUGCAGCAUUUGGGAAACAAUGAACAGGUUCAACAAUCCAAUGUUUCGGAAAACUGCCUACAUGAUAAAGCGACAGCAACUAUUAGUAAACCAGCAGAAGUAAACUCGACCGAUUGCGUUGCAAAUUCCAUCGAAUCUUGCACUAGUAUUCAAGAGGAUGUGUCUAUAGACUCCGAAUUUUUGCCUGUGAAAUUUGGUACACCUAUUAAUCGAGAACAAAUGCCAACAGAGAAACAGUCGGACAGUAAUGACGAAGAACAAAUGACUCCUUCAAUGGGGCGUGGUGUCGGCGUUGAUUUGCCUGCGGACAAUCAAUACUUCUUUGAAGAUGAAGUUUUCCGCGUUGAUAAGAAGGGGCGUGUCAAAUUUGGUCUGGUAAUUGAGACGUCUGAAACAUACUCCGGUGAUGAAGAUGAUGACUUCGAUGACGUGCUUCUUAAAGGUGAAGUACGAGUUGCAUGGUAUCCUGAUGGCAAAGAGGAAGUGCAGUCUGAAGGAGCGAUUGCAUUAGCAGAUCGUACUUUAAUGCCCGGAGAUGUCGUACGACGUCUAGUGCCCGGCAAGGAUACACAACGCGGCUACUGUCGCGACAUUAGUAUGCAUGCCGAUGUUAAAGUGUUGGGAAGCAAGUAUGUUAUUAAAAACGUUAUGACAGAAAGAUUACGUCCAAUCAACAAUUGGCAACGAGAUAGUGCCGUUUGCUUAGAUUCGUGGGUGGGAAGCACCAAGGAUGUUGAAGAAAAAGCUAUACUAAGGUCAACUGCGGGUGCCCGUAUAGAAAUCUCUUCACAUAAUUUCUAUGGCUUUUCAGACUAUAACUCCCGCAAUACACACGGCAUAUUUAAUCCUCACGUGUUUUAUCCUGGGAACAUUGUAGUCGGACGAUUGCCAUCGUUGGAUGAUGUAAAAUUGCUGACACCUAAUAUACCGAUACAUAAAAACAAAAAGGGCAAACCUUUCAAAGCAAGGUAUACCAUUGAAUCAGUUGAUACCGAUUCGGUUUGGGUGCAUUGGCAAUGUAAGGCACUCUCUGAAGAAAACAGUAUCGACACCAGCGUAUUGGAGCAACCAAAUCCUUGUGUGAGCGGUGACGAUUUGCUGCGCCUAAAGCGUCUGAAUCUCUUCGAAUCAUGUAUGGUGCAAAUAAGCGAUCGCAACUACUUGAAAUUCUCUAAUCUUGAUAACUAUAUAAAAAAAUCGCAAUGGGAGAAAGAGCAAGCUAGUAAAUUUAAAGUAGCUCUAGCGCAAAUUCAAAAAACCGAAAAUCAAUGUACUGGAUUCGUCUGUUCCACUGCUCAAAAUAAUGCCGGCAGUAAUAGUUCACAUCACACGGAGAAAACCAAAAAAAAAUCCAGUUUAAUAGAUGUUGAUUCUAAAAUUGCAAAGUCCAAAAAAUCUACUCUAAAAACAGAUAAGCUAAGCAAUUCAAAUACCAAAGACAAAACAGCAAAUGAAACUUCUGUCGAUCACGGCGCUUCAAAUUUACCAACGAAGAAAGCUUCAAAAACCAGCGGAGAACCCGAAUGGGUAACCGACGAUGAGGACGAGGAUGACGAUGAAGAUGAUUACUUCAACGAUGAUUUCUGUGAGGAUCGCGUCAGCACAACGACCUGCUCAAGUCCUUCGCCGCAUCAUAGUCCAAAGCAUAGUAAAAGACAUCUAUUAAAGAAGAAAAGUAAAGUACCUGCCAAACGUUCCUCGUUGAUGAUACCAGAAUUUCAACCGAAAGAUGGCGAUGAAUUAGUUACCGAAGCGCUUUUAGUUUACAGCACGGCCACAGUGGUUUGGCAAGAUGGUACGGUGGAGGCUGGCAUACCAUCUACACAGUUGUACCCCAUACAUCAUUUAGAUAAUCAUGAGUUUUUCCCUGGAGAUUUCGUUGUAUGCGGCAAGGAAGAUGGUGAUAUGACCUAUCGUGACUACGGCGUUAUACAAAUGGUGGAUCAUCAAGGGCGUAUAGCACGCGUCAAAUGGUUUACAACCUACACAUCUGCGGAUGAACCGAGGCCGAAAUACAACGGCGAGACCGAAGUUAGCGUAUAUGAUUUGAAAGAUCAUCCUGAUUUUCAAUACCGUCCUGGCACUAUGGUAAUACGCGUGGCGAAUUUUGUCGGUGAAGAUGCCUCAUGUACGGCCGGUCAAAUCAUUGAUAAUUACAUUGAUGGGCGUGCCAAAGUGUGGUGGGUUGACGGGCAUAUAAGUAUGUGCUGGCCGCAAGAUUUAUUUGAAGUUGGCCAAUACGACCACGCUGAUUGGGGCCAUGAAUCGGAUGACUCAUGGGAAACGGAGUCGGAAAAUAGUGAACUAGGCGGCAGCACGCCAAUGAUAGCGCUGGAGGAGUCACACAUCAUAACGAAUAUCGAGCGUACACGCAUCGCUAUUGCGCGCCUGGAAGAAAUCUUCAAUAUGAGUCCAAAUUUGCAAAAUGCCGAAGUUAUGCGUAAUUUGUUAAAUGUUUACAAAGGUUGUCGCUACUUGGACCGCUUGUUGAACACCAGCUUCUUCCACGAAGACAAUUUCCAGGGUCUGAUUGAGCGUGUACGCAAAGGUGGAACUCAGUCGAUUGCCGAGCGCGCGCAAGACCGAAAAAACCGUCUAUUUAGUUAUGUGCAAGCUACCUCACCAAAUGUCAAACAACACCAAACACAUCCUCAGACAGUUACCGCGCAGAUACUACAACAACAACAUUAUAAUUAUGCAGCAGUUGCGGCUUUGGAUAGUGGAGAAAAGACGCCGACAAAACAACUGACCGAUGCUAAAUCCGCUGGUAGUGUGAACGACACUGCCUCCACCACUAACACAGCUAAGGAAUAUGCACCAAAGAUACUCUUCAACAUUUCGCCAACACCGUUUAAAUCCCCAUCCGCCGGCACAGGUGUUUGCCCAACGGGCAGUAUCACGUCUCCGCUUGUACUGCCAGUGUUGAGGAUAAAGUCUACUACAUCGAUUUCUACUGUUACACAAGCUCCAUCAACGCAGAAUUUGCCUGAAAAGAAGGGGGAAAAGAAACCCAAUUCAAGUACCACUGAGGCACAGCCAAAUGAGAAUAGUAAGUCUGCGGCUAGCACUGCAGGAACUGGUGUCACCAAUAUGUCGUCGCAUCAGAAGAAUAUCCUCGCACAGAAUAAUCAACUGCUUAACUCUGCCAUGCUCAAUAUUGAAAGGGCUUUCGAGAAAACUUGUCAAUUAAAAUCAGCAAUAGCCUCAUCACAGGAUGACUCUGGCAACUAUUCGCGCAAUGAGAACUGUGACGGCAGCUCAACCAGCUAUUCGGACCUCACUAACGGUUCGAUGAAAGUGAAUGACGAUCAAAACUCGAUAUCCUGUAGCAGCAUUGAAUUCAAUGAGGACGCUGCACCCGAAAUGGAUUGUGUGCGUCUUUGUGCUUUACUCAAGGAACAAUUGGUGAAAUGUAUACAACAGAUACGCGAAAAAUACUACAAAGGCGAGAAUAUUAACUUGAGUGAGGUGUUCAGUUUCGAUGGAAUUGAGGAGGAGACACAAAUUGAAGAGCCGACUGAUGGAGUGGAUGAAGAAAAGUCCACGGAAGACAAGGAUGCUGAAACACUCACAAUGGAAGACAAGCAACAGCUGAACCUCAACAAAUCCGACUCAUUUGCUGUGGACAAAUCGGCAGAAGCCAAUGCAUGUGUAGCGACAAAAUCGUUGGAUUCUGUGCCAAGUUCACCGAUUGAACAAACCUCCAUGCUGAAUGCAGCCUCGGAAUAUUUUCAAGUGUUGCCUUUAGCACCGCCCGGUCACAAGUUCCAAUUGACCAUUUUUCAUCCGAGUAAUACGCAACAAUACUAUAGAGCUGUGCAACGUGAGCAUCGCAUGCUGAAGAGUUCACUGCCGCCCGGUGUGUGGGUUAAAGUUUUUGAGGAUCGCAUGGAUUUACUAAGCGUCAUGAUAGAGGGCCCGAAGAAGACGCCAUACGAAGAUGGCUUAUUUUUCUUCGAUAUACAACUCGGACGCGAAUAUCCGAAGAGUCCGCCAUUGUGCCACUACAUUAGCUACUGCUCCGAUCGUUUGAAUCCGAACUUGUACGAAGACGGUAAAGUAUGUGUCUCCUUGCUAGGUACUUGGGCCGGACGCGACUCUGAGGUUUGGGGCGCAAAUAGCACACUGCUGCAAGUGAUUGUGUCCAUACAGGGACUAAUAUUAGUGCCCGAGCCGUAUUUCAACGAGGCUGGUUAUGAAAAGCAAAAGGGCACUCAGCAAGGUAUGGAGAACUCACGUAUGUACAAUGAGAUGGUAAUUAUAAAAAUGGUGCAGUCAUCCACGAAACUUUUGCAACAACCACCGGAGCUAUUUCGACAAGAAAUAAUCGAUCAUUGGCAGCAACGUGGCUUCUCAAUGUACGAACGCAUUAAAGGUUGGAUGGAAUUAUCCAAGAUCACGCUGCAUAACCAAAAAGAAGAGGCUACAGCGACAACCGCAAACAUGACUGCCGUCGACACUGAAAAUUCCGUUACGUUUACCCCACCCGAUUUUCCACUUGUACCUGCAAGCCGUGGCUUUUGUUUGACAUUAGCCGGUCUCUUAGAAACUUUCAAAUCAAAAUUAAUAGCGGAACGUAAACUAGCUGUGGCGAAGCACGAAGCAACAGCGAGUGAACGUCACAUUGAAUAGAACGCGUUAUCAGCGCCGUUCAUGGCGGUCGUCAACCUAUUGCUUGCUGGCUAGACGGCUUUCGAUUUUCAACGCAAAAAUUGAAAAUUGUAAAAAACCAUUUAUUUUGUAUUAUUAUUGAUAUUAUUAUUUCUUAUAAGUUUGCCUAUUUUAUGGUGCUUGCUAUCCGUUUACUAAACUUUACGUGUAGAAAACACAGUUGCAUUACUGUUUAAAUGCCGCUUAAACGUUGUCAUAUUUAUAUACAUACAUAUAGUAUAUCUCUAGUUUUUGUAUUAAUGCAAAGUAUUAAAUGAUAAAUUUAAGUCACACACUGAAACUCACAAAUAUGCAUGUUAAUUUUUUUUUUAAUUAUACAAAUUUCUUUAUCUAAAUUGCAACAAGUCGAAUACAAUUUAGCACUAAGCGCAUACCAAAUUAUAAACACGAUUAUGUUCGAAAAAGUAUUGGAAUCUCAAAAUGAAAAAAAAAACUAUUAUAUGCAUUGUAAUGGAAAAUAAAUUGCUAGUAAUUCUAA